CGGGUUUUCAUACAUUAUUCCAUAAUCUGUGUUCUGCCACCAUUGAUUUUGCGAUCCAAAACCCAUGAGUUCAGAAGAGCAGAUAAUAACCCAGAGGAAAGAAGCGGCAGUAAUGGCGGCCAUGGAGGAUCAGAAGCAAGAAGAAGAAGAAGAGUUGCCGUCGGAGACGCGCUUGCCACCGUGGACGAAGCAGAUAACGGUGAGGGGAGUGGUGGCGAGCGCCGUAAUAGGAUGCAUUUACAGCGUGAUAGCUAUGAAGCUGAAUCUCACCACCGGAAUCACUCCCAACUUCAACGUCUCCGCCGCGCUGCUGGCCUUCAUCUUCGUCAGAACGUGGACUAAGGUGCUUCGCAAGCUCGGGAUUUCAUCGGCGCCGUUCACUCGCCAGGAGAACACCAUGAUCCAGACCUCCGCCGUCGCCUGCUACAGCAUUGCAAUCGGAGGUGGACUAGGAUCGUACUUGUUGGGGAUGGACAAGAAAACAUAUGAGCUUGCAGGGGUUGAAACAGUUGGGAACAAUCCUAGCAGUUACAAGAAACUUGAGAUUGGGUGGAUGACUGGCUACCAGCUUGUGGUUUGUUUCAUUGGCCUUUUUGUGUUGAUUCCUCUCAGAAAGAUCUUGAUAAUUGACUACAAAUUGACCUUUCCAACUGGAAUGGCAACUGCGGUUCUCAUCAAUGGAUUCCAUGCCAAGAGUGAUAAGAUGGCAAGAAAACAAGUGAAGGGAUUCAUGAAGUUUUGCUCUGGGAGUUUUGUGUGGGCUUUCUUUCAGUGGUUUUAUACUGGGAAAGAGGAGUGUGGGUUCUCACAGUUCCCAACUUUUGGAUUGAAAGCCUGGAAACAAACAUUCUUCUUCGACUUUAGUUUGACUUAUGUGGGAACUGGGAUGAUCUGCCCCCAUAUUGUGAAUGUGUCGGUUCUUCUUGGGGCUAUCAUCUCCUGGGGUGUAAUGUGGCCUGUUGUGGAAAGGUUGAAGGGAGAAUGGUUCCCUGCAAACAUCCCUGAAUCCAGUAUGAAAAGUCUUAAUGGCUACAAGGUGUUUAUCUCCAUUUCCCUCCUCCUAGGUGAUGGGCUUUACAACUUCACCAAGAUAUUAUGUAUCACUCUCUUAAGCAUUCUUGACAAGUUCAAAAAAAGAACUGCAGAUGCUGCAGCAGUAGAGCAGAGCAAGACGAGUGCAGAGCUGAGAAAAGAUGAAAUAUUCAUCAGAGACAGGAUUCCGAUGUGGGUAGGGGGUGUCGGGUAUGUAACCUUGGCGAUCAUUGCGGUGAUCGCCAUACCGAUGAUCUUUCCCGAGGUGAAAUGGUACUGGGUAAUCCUUGCCUACGUCAUUGCUCCCUCUCUGGCCUUCUGCAACGCUUAUGGCGCCGGCUUGACUGACAUAAACAUGGCGUACAACUACGGCAAACUUGGGCUGUUCAUGAUGGCGGCGAUGGCCGGAAAACAGCACGGCGUGGUGGCGGGACUCGCCGGCUGCGGCUUGGUCAAGUCCAUCGCUAAUGUCUCCUGCAAUUUAAUGCAGGAUUUCAAGACGGGCCAUCUCACUAUGACCUCUCCCAGGGCCAUGUUUCUGAGCCAGGCCAUCGGCACCGUGAUCGGCUGCGUGGUGGCGCCGCUCAGCUUCUUCCUGUUCUACACGGCGUUCGACAUCGGAAACCCCGCCGGAGAGUUCAAGGCGCCGUACGCGCUCAUUUACAGAAACAUGGCGAUUCUCAGCGUGGAAGGCGUCUCGGCUUUGCCCAAACACUGCUUGCAGCUCUGCUACGGCUUCUUCGGCUUCGCCAUUGUCGUCAACUUCGUCAAGGACCUUUCCCCGCCGAGGAUCAAGAAAUUUAUGCCGCUCCCCAUGGCGAUGGCGGUGCCGUUCCUCAUCGGAGGCUACUUCGCCGUAGAUAUGUGUGUUGGGAGUUUGGCUGUGUUCUUGUGGCAGAAACUGAACGCCGUGAAGGCGGAAGUUAUGGUUCCGGCGGUGGCGGCGGGGAUGAUCUGUGGAGAGGGUUUGUGGAUUCUCCCGGCGUCGAUUCUUGCCUUGGCCAAAAUCAGUCCCCCUAUUUGCAUGAAGUUCUUGCCUUCUUGAAAGAGUCUUGAUUUUUAAGGGUUUAGAAAUAUAGGAUGUUAGAGUAACAAAUGUUAAUAGAGUUGAAUCCGCAGGACUAGCGCAGCUCAUCCCAUAUACCACAUUUUAUUAUAAAUGAUACAGGAGUUAAUACCCAAAAUGGUAUUCGACUAUGGUGGUUUUUCUGGAUUUCGUCCUGAACGAUUUUUGUGGUCUAAUGUAGUUUUAGAUUUGUGUAUUUUUGCUCAAUAUAGUCCUCCGUUUACUAUUCCGUCCAAUUGGUGUUAAAUAGAGGGGUAAUUUGGUAAUUACAAUAUUUGCCUCUCAUUGAAAGAGGGUAACACCAAGUGGACAGAAUAAUAAACGAAGAACUACAUUGAACAAAAACACACAAGUCUGGGGCUACAUUGGAUCACAAAAGUCGUUUAGGACGAAGUCGA